AUGGCGCGUUCUACAUUGUCCUUGAUCCUAGCUCUGAGUUUGUUCGCUAACGCGUUCUCCGUGCCAUACGACUCGAGGCCACAGAGAGAUGUUAUUGACAACGAAAUUAACAACAAAGAAACACAGAAAAGCACAACAACAACAGCAGACCAGAGUCUGGACAGUUUUGAUGACAACGACAAUGAUUUCGAAGAAGACUUCGCGGAUCCAUUGCAGACUUCAGCGUCUUCCGGCGGGAGCAACAUAUUCAGCUUGCUGAAAUUAGCAACGGCCUUUUUGCCUAGUGCGAGUGGCUCGAGUGGAUCAGGUGGUUCCAGUUCUGCUAAUACCAGAGCUGAAACAAGCAUUUCACCACUGUGGACCCUCAAGCUGGACAUUCUGAAGGCGGUCUUGCAUUUCGGGACCAGCAUUUUGGGACUCUCUUCAUCUACAUCUAGUGAAGCUUCUGCGUCAUAGUUACGCUUACUAAUAAAUUAAUUCUUGCAGUAUUGUCAUUUUGUUAGAGGUAUAAAAUUUAACGAACCUAAUUCUUAAUAACGAGAAAUAAAAAAGAAGAAUCUUAAAUGUGAAAUGAUUCAUGCUGGAUGCUUUAAAUCAUUAAAUAAUAUUUGAUAAUUCUAACAGUUUUUUCAUGUUCAACUAAAGACGAAUCCCAAUUUUUAUUUUUUUAUUGCUUUGCUUAUAUGGGUGGACGAGCUCACAGCCCACCU